AUGACAUCCAAAUCCAAAAGCAUACGAUCAAGCACACGAGAAAAAUUAUUUACAACCUCAUCCUCGGGUUUACCGAAAUGGCGGCAAUCACCAGUCGAUAUCAGUCGAGUCGCUGUGUGGACGAAAAGAUUUCCGCCUUUACUUUUGACUAAUUAUUGGUCGCACGAUGGCGCAGCGACACUCACAAACACCGGCAAAACAGUUAAUAUAGAACUGGUGGACAGAAAAAUGCCGACGAUGCGCGGCGGUCCUUUGAGAGAUGACGAAUUUCAAUUUAGGAACGUACAAUUUCGAUGGGGCCCGUGCAAUUCUUACGGCGCGGAACACUCAAUCGACAAUGUUUGGUAUUCGAUGGAAGCGCAAGUUAUGCAUUGGAAUAUACGUUACGGAUCGAUAGAGAAGUGCUACGAAAAGCCUGAUGGGAUUGCAACACUCUCAUAUCUCAUGCAGGUGGUUGGCUGCUCUGGAAUUCCAGAUAAUCCUGCGCUCAGUCCGAUCACUGAAAAGCUUUCGGAGAUAAAACGCACAGGCAGUUCUGUGAAUAUCACGCCAGAUUGUUUACGUUGGAUGAUGCAUGCGCUCAUGUGCUCCACAUACUAUACUUACUCAGGCUCGCUCACCUUUCCUCCUUAUAACGAAUGCGUUACUUGGAUAAUUUUGCCAAACGCGAUAAAAAUAUCUCUCUGCCAGAUAGAAGCUUUCAGGAGUCUUUAUAAUUACAAAUGGGAGCACAUAGUGAGGAAUUAUAGAUCGCAACGUCCUCUACGUGGAAGAAGAAUCUUCCUCGCCACAGAUGAUGCGCUGGAUUGAUCGAU